UGCAAACUCUGGGCUCGGGUCGCGCACCCUCCGAACUGCGGGGAAUGAGCCGCGCGGGCCGCCGUAGUCAGCUGCUAAGAGCAGGAAGUGUCCCAGCUGCGGGCGGAGACUGCACCAUGGCCCCGGACCCCUGGUUCUCCACCUACGAUUCUACGUGUCAGAUUGCCCAAGAAAUCGCCGAGAAGAUUCAAGAACGAAAUCAGUGUGAAAGAAGAGGUGAGAAGACACCUAAGCUUACCUUGACAAUCAGAACGUUGUUGAAGAAUCUGAAGGUAAAGAUCGACCUUUUGAAGGACUUACUGCUAAGAGCUGUGUCGACACGCCAGAUAACACAACUGGAGGGGGAUCGAAGACAGAACCUGCUGGAUGACCUUGUCACCCGAGAGAGACUGCUCCUGGCAUCGUUUAAGAAUGAGGGUGCGGAGCCGGAUCUGAUCAGGUCCAGCCUGAUGAGCAAAGAAGCAAAGCGAGGAACUCCCAACCCUUGGCUCUGUGAGGAGCCGGAGGAGACCAGAGGUUUGGGUUUUGAUGAGAUCCGGCAACAGCAGCAGAAAAUUAUUCAAGAACAGGACGCGGGUCUUGAUGCCCUUUCCUCUAUCAUAAGUCGCCAAAAACAAAUGGGCCAGGAAAUUGGGAAUGAACUGGAUGAACAGAAUGAGAUCAUUGAUGACCUUGCCAACCUUGUGGAGAACACAGAUGAGAAGCUUCGCACCGAAGCCAGGCGAGUGACCCUGGUGGACAGAAAGUCAACUUCCUGUGGGAUGAUAAUGGUGAUUUUAUUGCUGCUCGUGGCUAUUGUGGUCGUUGCAGUGUGGCCAACCAACUGAUAGCAAUAAAGGGACCACCCGCUGUGACACCUGCCAACGAUGACUGAAAGCCCAGCACCCUUUUGGUACACAACACCUGCUCUCAAUAAAUUUUCCACCGCUCCAGG